AUGAUUACUAUGGGUUUAUUAACAACUUUUAUAGUAAGAGUGCUUUAUUGUUUAAUAUUUAGAGAUUAUGAAUAAUUUUAUUACAAAAUAGGAAUGCUUUUAUUUAUAGUUAUAUAAUAUGCGAUUGUAUGGUUGUGUCCUAAAUUUACGAGGUUGGCUUUUUUAAUUACAAAUAUACUUUUGAUGGGAUUUUCUUUAGAAGAAGAACCAUCACCUAUUUUGUAAAAUGCAAAGGGAGCUAACUUAAUGGCAAUAAAUAUUAUGAUAAUUUUAUCAGGAGAAUUUAUUGAUUCUGUUAUUUAAUUAUUUGUAAUAACAGGUUUAAGAAUAACAAUAAUCAUUGUUAAUAAUGAUAAUAAUUAUAUAAUACUCUCAAGUAUUAUUAUCGUUAGCAUAUCAUUACUAUAUUAUGCAUAUUCUUUUCAUAAAGCAAGAAGAUCAUAAUAUUUGUUAGGACUUGUUGAGAAUGGAUGGGAUUAGAUGUUUUUUUAACUGAUAAGAGAGCCUUAUAUUUUACUUAAAUUUUGCAAAGAAAAAUUAAACUUUUCAGUCUUUAAACAUAAUAGAUUUCCUUUUAACAAAUUAGUUGAUUUUAAUUCAUAUGAAGAAGACUCAUAAGAAAGAAAAAUUUUAAAUUUCUUAUCAACUUCAAAUGUAGGAAAGAUAUCUCUAAGUUAAUUUAUUUAUGAAAAUCUAAAAAAAUUUAGGGCAGAUUUAAGUUAAAUUUUUAAUCAAAAAUUAAGAAUAAGAUUUUAAAGAUAAUUGUUUUAAAUAGAUAUGUCAAUAUUUUAAUCAAAAUAUACAAUGGUUUUAUUGAAAAUUGAAUCAUCUAAUACAGUUAAUUUAAAAUAGCUAAAAAAAUAUAAGUAAAGAUUCAAUUUAUACAAUAAUACUAUAAUAAAUUUGUUAGGGAGAAUAGAAAGUGAAGUAAUUAACAAUGUUUAAAUAAAAGUAAUAAAAAGAAAGUUAGUUUUAAUAAGAUUGAUUGAGGAUUUGUUGGAGUAGAAGUAUUAAUUUAAUACAGUAAAUAUUCCAUAUUUAUUUUCUUAAAUAUUGGAAAUGUAUCCAGAUAAAAGAAUUAUAAUAAAUGAUGUAAAUAAGGUAGAGACAGUUUAUACAAUUAAUAAUGUUAUUUUAAUGAGUAUAAUUUUAAUUUUUGAGAACAGUUCUAAUAGAGAAGCUAUAAAUUGUAAUAUAGAGAAGUUAAGAGAGAAUUAAUCAAUAAGAAUGGAAUUUAUAGGUAAUUUUAAGUAGAAUUUAAUAAGAAAGACUUUUAAGAAUACAAGUUUUUAAGUUCGUUUAGUAAUUGAUAAUAUGUUUAUAUCUUAGAGAAGUAAUGAUUAUUUGAAUUUUUAGGGAUUUAAUUUGAAAUAUAUAUGGAACCAUUUUGUAGUACUUCAAUAGAUAUUUUCACUUAUGAAUAUUAUGAUUUAUUUUCAGAUGAGAGUUGA